UUUUAUAAACGCUAAUAAUAUGAGUUAUCAGUUUAUUUUAGAAAAUAUAUCAGAUAUAAACGACACAUUAUUUUGUAGAACAUGUUUAUUAAAAAACGAUGAAUUACAAUCAAUAUUUACUAAAGAUGAAACAUUAGUUAAAAAUUAUGCAGAAAUGUUAAUGGAAGUUGCUCCCAUUAGAAUAACAGAAGCGGAUGUAUUUCCUUUAAAAAUAUGCCAGGCUUGUAUAUUAAAUGUCCAACAAGCUUACGAGUUCCAACAAAAAUGUAUACAAACCCACGAAUAUCUAACAAAUGUUUUUCAACAAAAUGAAAAUAUUAAAUUGGAUGAAUUAAAUAAUUCAGCCAGUAACAGUUCAAUAGACGAUGAAAAUGAUGAUUUAAAGACAUUUGAAGACGAUAAUUAUGAAGUCCUUUCAGAAAAAUCUAUAGAUUUAAAAGAAGAAUCAGAAGAUGAUCAAAUAUUAUCACAACGCGAACAACGAAAACAAAAAUUAAGUAAAAAUGAAAAAAAACAUCAGUGCACUUUAUGUCCCAUGAAUUUUAUCACAAAAUAUAAAUUAACUUGUCAUAUGUUAGUUCAUACCAAGGAAAAACCAUUCGUCUGUGACAUAUGCGGAAAUAAGUUUACAUCGAACGGUAAUUUAAAACGUCAUGUUAAAGCCCAUAAAGGUGAACGUGAUUUUCGAUGUGAAUUCCCAAAUUGUGAAAAAAGUUUUUGUCAAAAAGUCACCUUAAUCGAACAUACACGUAUUCAUACCGGUGAAAAACCUUUUAAAUGUCCAUUAUGUGAUAAAUCAUUCAAAACAAGCAGCUGUUUACGACAACAUCGUUUAGGAGCAUCACAUGGUGGAACUUUCCGUCCACCACCUUCAAAAAUUGAAAUGAAAUCGGAUGAACGUCAUGAAUGUGGAGAAUGUGGUAAAACGUAUGCAACGAAAAAUGGACUUUAUCAACAUUCAUUACGACAUACAGAUAAACGCUUAAUAUGCCCGUUUUGUAGUAAAGAAUUCGUGUCGUAUGCAGGAUUGCAGCAGCAUAAACAUGCGCAACAUAGUGAAGAUCAUAAAUUUCAAUGUAAUUUAUGUGGUAAAAUAUUUAAAUAUCAAGUGGUGUUUAAAACACAUAUGUUAAUACAUAGUGGCGUUAAACCGUAUAAAUGUCAAUAUUGUACGAAAACUUUUACACAAAAAGGGCAUGUUGUGUCACAUGAACGUUUACAUACUGGUGUCAAACCAUAUCAGUGUGAAUUCUGUCAAAAAAUGUUUAGACAUUUAACAACGUUACGUGAUCAUAGACGUAUACAUACGGGUGAGGUGCCAUUCAAAUGUGAUACAUGUAAUCGAGGCUUUGUUAAUUCAACAACGAUGAAAAAACAUUUGUUAACACAUAAACUAUAAUAUUGUUUUUUUUUUAUUUGCUCAAUCUCGAAUUAUUAGCUAUCCAGUGUAUUUUAUAACGAACUUGGCUUCUAGAAUAAUAUAGUCCUGAUCCAGGUCUUUUAAGAUUGUUGUCUCAUUAUGGGCAUAUUAUCAGAAAAUUCUAAAUUCUUUUAUACUUAUUAAGGAUUUUAUAAUACAACUUCCAUAAGAUUUUGAAUUACAUUGACCAUCUUUAACCCAAGAUAACCUAAUUAAAGUUCGGAUCACUAACAUGCCAGAAAUUUUCAAAAAACUAACUGAACAUUGACGUAUUUGUUCUGAGUUAAUAAAAGAAAAACCAAAACUAUUCACCGUUUCAUUGUCGAGAUAUAAUAACGCAAAGUCAAUCAAUUAUAUUGUUGAACAGGAACGAUCGUAGUUAGAGUAUUAUGGUUGAAAAGAGAGAACUAUAUAAAAGAAUUUUACACAGCUCUUCGUAUGCUGUAUAUUGUAUGAGAAAAAGUUGGAUGGUACAGUAGAGAUAAAAAUUACACAUCAUUUCACUACAAGAUAAUAUAUUUCUACUUUGUCAUUAUGUUUGUUUUCUUUCUGGUCCAAAAGUUGCAAAUCAAUUUUUAAGCUUUUUUCGAUAAUAUAAAGAGUUGA